UACCAGAGACUCGAAUGACCCGUGUUUGAACGUUUUCGCGUUGAAACCACGUUAAAACAGUAUCUCUCAGUCGAUAUAACCAAAGUACCUGGUGCGUUUCAGGUUGACGGUUUGACGGUGAAACGUUCAUCUUCAUCUCUGCAACACGUUUGCACAUAAUUCGGAAAAUAAUUAUUCGUCACAUGUGUGUUGAUACACACAUGUCCCUCUAUCAUUGAAUAUAAUACGUAUACAAGUACGUGUAAAAACUCAGCAACAUACGCUCGUGCUGAAUUACGCUAGCAACAGUAAAAGAAUUGUAGAAAAAGAAAUAAUAAUAACAAUAGAAAAAAGAAGAAGAAGAAGAAGAAGAAGAAACAACAACAACAACAACAACACAACGACAACGCAAAGACAACCUCAAGACCGGACAAACAAAUUGCAAGAAACUCGACUCGUGCAGGAAGGAAGUCAAAAACAUUCAACAGGAAAUAUCGGAUGCAAGAAGAUCGUCAUCAUCAUCAUCAUCAUCAUCGUCAUCGUCAUUAUCAUCAUCGUUGGUAUGACGUCGCGGGAGCCAAAAUCAGCAAAAACGAACAACGACGAUCAGGAUCAUCACCAUCAGCACCAUCAACAUCGUUACAAAUCGUCGUCAAGCUCAUUAACGAGUCCAACAAAAAAGCGUAAUCGUUCUUGGCGACCGCAAGCGGUACUGGGACUAUCGUUAACCGAAGAAAUACCCCUAGAAACUGUCUACGUAGGAAUAUUAAAAGACAAACGUACAACGUCGAAAGCAAUAAAGCAAAUAUCGUCGUCAUCGCCUGGUUUCGGUCAUUUGAAACGUUGCAACGGUUUCCGUCUACUUUUGGAACCAGUGCAUGUAAAACCUUCCCAACUCCAUCACACGACAUUAAACGUCAAGAAUUUAACAGAGACCCAUUUAAUUGGCAAAGUGUUGGAAAACAAGGUUAAAAACCAACCAGAAACCGUGACCAAAGAUGCUGAAAAACCCCCUUCUUCAAUAACGGAAGAAAAUCGAAACACGACCCGAUCGCCAACCGUUAUGCGAAACGAUUUGCAAUCAAAGGGUUUCGACGUAUCGUUACUGGAGGAAAAUUUCGAGAUUAUCAAAGUCCCCGCUAGAGCUGCGCGAACGCGACGUCAGGCCGAAGUUUGCAGUAAAAUAUGGCCGUUAAAUUUCCACCCAGAUCCAGGAACCGAGGCUAUAAUAUCCGGUGAAAUAUUCAACGAUUACCAACUGAGUCGAAUGGAACUUUUAAUGCUGGCCGCGAUCGAAGCUGCCCGUCGAUCCUCGGUCGGUAAUACCGACUGCGCCGGAAGCGCGUUGAUCGUCGAUCCGUUGACCGGAGAAUCGGUGGCUCUGGCAGCCGCCCGUAUAAACGAGCAUCCGCUCUGGCACGCGGCCAUGUUGGCGAUUGACCUGGUGGCUAAAAGCCAGGGCGGCGGUGCCUGGAUCGGAAGAAAAUCUUCUUCGAUAGCUGAGGAUUCGGUAAGAGAAGAAGACGGCGGCGCCACCGGCGGCAAGCGGAAAUUCGACCGCAGCGCCUCGACGGCAUAUCGGUAUCCCCCGGAGCUCGAUGACGUUAAACUACCUGCCGCGGAGCCGCUUCAACCGGAAGCCGAUAAAACAGGACCCUACCUUUGCACAAAUUACUGGAUUUUCAUGGUCCGCGAACCUUGCGCUCUUUGCGCGAUGGCCCUCCUCCACUCGAGGGCAGCGAAAAUAUUUUAUGGUGUCAAGGCCGAGGGUCACGGGGUACUAGGGAGCAAGGCUAUGCUUCACACGACGAACGGGCUUAAUCAUCGUUAUCAAGUUUGGUCCGGUAUUUUGGAAAACGAAUGCCGUCAAGUUUGCGCCGAUAUUGAAAAACGUUCCGUCAAAUGACGAUUGACCGUUGUUAUAGUGAUUGUUAUUAUUGUUACUAUUAUCAUUAUUAUCAUCAUUUCUCCUGCAUAAUUAUACAUAUGAAUACACGCGUACGUGAUCAAGAUUUGAUCUGUUUAAUUGUUGCUGCCUAAUCAUUAUGCAUUUACCUGAUACAAUUAUUUAACGAUCGUUGUUAUUAUUAUUAUUAUCAUUUUUUUAUCAACCUUCUUCUGCCUACCUAAAUGUAAUACUAUACGCCAUGCUAUUGUCCUUGUUAAAUGUAUAUUGCGAGAUUAAUUAACUGGACAAUUAAAUGAUUCUAAGAAAA